CACAUUUGUUUUAGACACUUAUUUGUAUGUUAUUCUAAUUAUGAAUAACUGUUAGAUAUUAAUUCAUCUCAUUCACAUCAUAUAUCAUUGAGUUUUAUUUAAUUUAUUUUUUGUUGAUAGAUGUUAGACGUUUAUCUAAUAAUGUCAUGAAGUUGAGUGGAGGCCACCUCAUUUUAUUUUUGUAAAUCAAGUAUGUAUUGUUCAUAAUAAUAACACAUAAUUCGUUGACAUUAGCACGUACACAUCAAAAUUAUGAAGUGUUCUUCUGUGUAAGUGUUUUUCUUGUAGCUUCUAUGUAAAUUUUCAUAAUUUUAGUCGGUUCUCCAAAAAGAACAAAAAAAUUCAAUAAUGAGUGAUAUAGCAAGCAUCCCAGUGGCUCUCCCCGCAUUGGAAUUCAUCAUGACUACUCAACAUCAACCUCGGCAUUUAACAAACACUAUGAGCGCUCCACUGCCAACUUUGCUUCCACGUCCGGCUAUCGUAAGUGGUGAUGGUUUACUGCCACAUGAUAGAUGUGGAUUAAUGAGUAAAUUGGAUACGGAUUCCGAAGAAGAUUCGAUAAGUGAAACAGGAAAUAAGGUAAUGAAGAACGAAAUAAAUAUGUCGAGAACUUUGGGAUUGAAAAAACGGAUUAAUAACGAAGAUAUUAAACAGAAAUUCCUUAAUUUGGAGAACGAACACAAAAAAAUUCACACCCAAAUCAAAUCACUACAAAAUAAUUUAAUGAAACGAGAUCAGGCGGUUAAUGAAUUAUCAUUGGAAAAUACGGAAUUAAAUAAAAAAUAUGAAUCUUUAAUCGUUGAUAUAAAUCAGAAAAAUUGUCACCUUAUUGAAUAUGCUACCAUCAAUAAAACCUUAGAAAAACAGUUGGAAAAGAAAAAUGUAGAACUCAAUCAAUUACACGUAAAAUGUGAAAAAUCUGAACAAAUAAAAUCAAACUUAAUUAAAGAUAUUGAAUACUAUAAAACAGAACUUCAUCAUUUAAAAGGACAAAAAGAUCAUCUUAGAGAUUUUGAAGAAUUGAGAAAAAAAUAUAAUGAAAUUAAACGAGACAACAUUAAAUUAGGCCAAAAGUUUCGUGAAUUAAAGAACAGCGACGCCGAACAUCAACAAAAAGCUUUAAGUUAUAGUGUUCUUUCAAAAAAAUUUGAAUUACUUCAAGCUGAUAUCAUUAAGUUUCGGAUGGAAAAUAAACGUUUAAAAUGUAAACAAUUUUCAAUCGAGCAAGAUUUAAUUUCUCACCAACAAUUACAUAGUUCUUAUAAAUCAAUAGAAAACGAAAACGCCGCUUUAAAAGAAAGCAUAGCAAACGGGCAAUCAAUUGACGCUCAACUUCAAGCCGAAUUAAGUAAUUUACGUAAAGAUAAAGAACAGUUAGAAAAAGAAAUUAAAAUUAAAGAUGAAAUUAUUAAUGAAUUAAAAGAUAAAGUUGGUACAACUACAGAUGCGGUUGAAAGUUUAAAAAAUACUUGUUCUUCCACCGAAAAGUAUGCCGAACUUUUAUCCGAACAAAUUAAUACUUAUAAAUUAAAAUGUGAAGCUUUAGAAGCGGAAUUAAUUAAAUUCCAAGAAAGUAAAAACGAUUCAUCUGCCGAGGUUCAAGCUUUAAAAGAAGAAGUGAAAAAAUUAAAAAUACGAUUAGGACAAAUGUUGAUUGAUAAAGAUGAUCCAGGAAUUCGAACAGUAUCGCAAUCCCAAACUUCUCAAACCGAGGACGAAGAUGAUUGUAUAAAUUGUCACUUUUUACGACAGGAAAUUGAAAAACUAGGAUACGCCAAUUUACGUUUACAUAAGGAAAAACUGAAUUUAAAAGCGAACUUUCAAAAACUAAGCGUUAAAACAUCCAAGUUGGAAAUAAAAAUGGAAGAACUUUCUGCGGAUAAAAAGCUUCCAAGUACAGUUUCCGUAGUUAAUAGAAAUAACGCUAAAGAAGUUGUUCAAAAAGAAGUUAUUAUACAACAAAACUUAAUGUUAACGAAAAAAUUAAAAGAUGUAAUCGAAAAUUAUGAUAAACUUCUGAAAGAGUAUAUUUUAUUGCAACAAGACAAGAUUCCUACGGCUUCACAGGUUGAAUCUAGCAGUAUUUUUCAAGAACUUCAAGAACGUAUUAGUAGUUCGCAAAUUGCCAUCACAUCUAUCGAACAUAAAUUAAAUGAGGAGGAAGGGAAAUUACACGCCUCUAUGUACCAUCUACGGUCGGUUAAAAAUAAACUAAGUGAACGUAAAAUGACUUUAAAGUAAAAAAACGAGAUUGUGUUUUAUUUUCUUUUUCAUAUUUGUGUUGUUUAAUCAUUUCCAUUCAUAAUAAAGAAAAUGUCAUUGAA